AUGGGCUUGAAACUAUAUAUCAACGUCCCGCACGCCUCUGCCCGAACCAUCGUCGUCGAGAUACCCAGCCACCAAUCGACUGGCAAGGACGAUGUUGUGAAUAUCUGCCUGCAAGAAGGUUCGGAGUUUCAGUGCCAGGUUAUGAUCCCUGGUCGCGAGCACACAGAUCAAAAUGUGCACGUGCUGGCGCAGCAAAAUGUUGACAUUGGGAGCGAAGUACAGAAUGCCAGGAAUAUCAUGGGUCAAACCUGCACUCUGGGUGGCAGUUAUGUAGAGCCGUCGGACACCCAGCGGCAUGAUAGGGGUGCUUGGCACCCGCAAGGCUGUGGCUCCGACUGUGGCCACGGCUGCAACGUAGGGGUAGGGACAAACAACGAAUCAUUGCUCCUCCGAGCCUAUCUGGCGGGUUGUAGCACAGAUGACGCUACCGACAAGGGUAUUGCGGCUGGACAGCCAGUCGCGGUCAUCCCUGAUCCACAGCUGAAUGGAAUGGUGUCCAGGACCCAGGCGACACCAGUAAAUCGAUGUUCACCACACCCUGUUGCUGCACGCUGCGAGCACCUGUCCUGUGCCGCUGCAUACCCCUGUUGCCCUCCCUGUCCCGGCCGUGGUGCCCAACUCCAAGCCUCCAGCCAUCCCGGGGGUGGCAGAGCUUGUGAGCCCUACCCGUUCGUCGGCGCGGUGGGGUCCACGAUCGGGCUUCAGGCAAGCGAAGCGGAGCAGCACGCCACGCUGGAGCAAAGAAUCAAGAACUUUCGAGGGAUCUCUCUACUGAUGCGCAAGCUGAACGGCGACCCCAUCAAACCCACCGCAACGAUGGACACAGGGGCGGACCGCAACGUGAUGAUCAAGGGCCUGGUCGACCUGCUCAGAUUCCCCAUUAACAAACACAGCGACUCGACCACUACUCGCUUGUCCGUUCUUAACGACAUGGAAGCGGACACUCUGGGCACGGUGGAACUAGAUUUCUCGCUGUUCUGCAGUGGGACCCCGCUGCGCAAGGUCGUCUUCCAUGUGGUCGAAAAGCUGGGCCGCCAUCAGAUACUUCUCGGUGUCGAGUUGAUCAUGGAGCUUGGCCUUUUGUACCGCCUGCCGUGCAUAUGUCAUGCGUAG